AUGUCUGGAGUUCAGCCUGUUGGUCUUUAUACCAUCCAGGUCCCACCUGGUGGUAUUAUGGUGCCUGCAUUACCUCAUGGUGCAGUUGCUAUGUUCCGUGUUAGCAUGGCAGCUAUUGAUCCUGACGCUGAACCUGAAUAUGAAGACGACGCUGCUGCAAGCAAGCCAGCACGUUCCACCCUCAAGAUUGUCCACAUGCCUGACGACCUGGAUUUUGAUGACGAGGAUGAUGAGGACUGGGAAGAUCACGGCAGCGAAGAAGAUUCUGAUGACGAGGAAAUCAACGGUGGCCCAAGUGACAAGGCGAAGGCCAAGAAACGCCAGGCAGAAGCAGCUCUCAUGGACCUUGAUGCCGAAGACGAGGACGAUGAGGACAACACCGAUUUCAAAGCUGCUCUUUCACAACUCAUUAAGGGCAAGGGCCCUGCCACCGGUGAUGAGGAUGAGGAUGAUGAUGACGAGGAGGGCCUUGAGCUCGAGGAGACUGUUGUGUGCACUCUAGAUACUGAGAGGCAAUACCAACAACCCCUUGACAUCACCAUUGCCGGUGAUGAGCGCGUUCUUUUCAAGGUUACUGGCACACACACUGUCUACUUGACUGGUAACUUUGUCCUUCCAGCCGAAGAAGGACAUCACCAUGAUGAUGAGGAGGAGGACGACGACGACGAUGAAGAGGAUGACGAUGAUUAUGACCUCUCGCCUGACGAGGAUGAGUUGGAUGGCAUGGAUUUCCUUCUCAACGGAGACGAGGAGAGCGACGACCUUGACGACUUGGAGGAUCCCCGCAUUACCGAGAUUGAUUCCGAGAAAGAAGAGGCAGAGAAAGCCCCAAAGUUGGUGACCAAGGGGAAGAACAAGCGUGCUGCUGAGGAUGAGGCCGCGCUUGACGAUCUCAUUGCCAAGGAGUCUGCAUCAAAGGGCGACAGCAAGAAGCAACAGAAGAAGUUGAAGAAGAACAACGGUGAUGCAGUUCCAGUUGAGUCGAAGAAGGAUGCAAAGGAGGCGCCUGCUGCUAAGGCAGACAAGAAGGUUCAGUUCGCCAAAAACUUAGAGCAGGGUCCAACUCCUUCCUCCAACCAGAAACCUGCUGAGAAGUCGACUGGCACAUUGGGCGUCAAGGAGGUCCAGGGUGUCAAGAUUGACGACAAAAAACUGGGAAAGGGACCCGCUGCUAAGUCUGGAAACACCGUUGCUAUGCGAUACAUUGGAAAACUCGAGGACGGAAAGGUCUUUGACUCCAACAAGAAAGGCAAGCCCUUCACAUUCAAGCUCGGCAAGGGCGAAGUUAUCAAGGGCUGGGAUAUUGGUAUCGCUGGCAUGACCGCCGGUGGCGAGCGCCGUAUCACCAUUCCCUCCCAUCUUGCUUAUGGCAAGAAGGCUCUCCCUGGCAUCCCCGCAAACUCGAAGCUCAUCUUCGACGUCAAAUUGCUCGAAAUCAAAUAG